AUGAUGCCGCAAGCGUACUUCCCUUUGGGUACAGACGGCUCCAGAAUCCCCUCGAUAGGCCUGGGUACCUUCCAGCCUGACCCGAAACUAUAUCCCACGGGAACCGUUAAGCAGUCCGUCUUGACCGCACUACGAGCGGGGUACCGACACAUCGACACUUCAUUGCGAGAAAGUGGUAUCCCGAGGGAGGAGAUUUUUGUCAAUGUCUUUCAUGCGCCCGAAGACGUGCAAGUUAACUUGGAUAUGGACUUGGAGAAUCUGGGCCUUGAUUAUGUACCCUAUGCGUACAAAGAGACAGGAGAAGGUUACGGAACUGUGCGUAAGGCAGAUGGCAAGCCCGUCGUCGACAUCGAGCUCUCUCGCGCAUUUGACAUAACAUACCAGGCAAUGGAGAAACUUGUUGAGACUGGAAAGGUCAAGCACAUCGGGAUCUCAAACUUUUCCUCCCCCAAGGUGAAACGCCUCCUCCGCUCCGCCAUAAUCAAGCCCGCCCCCCAAAAGGGCUUGGUCAAAUUGUGUCAGGAGAACGGAAUCCACAUCACGGCUUUUGGGCCGUUAGGAUGCACGCCCAUCACUGCCCUUGCUGGUAGAAACGGUCACGGUCCGUUGGAGAAUAAGACGGUCCGCUCAGUAGCCGAGAAGUAUUCCAGAACACCAGCUCAAGUUCUUCUGUGCUACCUCCUUUGUCGAGGCAUCUCCGUCAUCCCCAAGAGCAACAACCCGGAGCGUAUCGUCCAGAAUCUUGACUGCUUAUUCGACUUGGAUGAGGAAGACUUUCGUCUCCUGAAUUCCAUUGCAGGGGAGGACGGCGAGCUUGGGGUUUGA